AUGGACAAGACUCAAACUCUACGCCGUGCACAUGGGCCUGAGAGUGUUGAUCCAGAAGACGAUCCUGCUUCCCCGAGCGCUACCCCCGGUGCUGCCUUAAACACCAACCCGCCUGUCCAGCCCGAGCCGUGUCGCAUUAGCUCGUCUGGAGCCGAUCGAAGCUUUCCUCGACUACACUCUGGUCACCAGAGACAGCACUCAGUUCCAAACUUCCCUUCUUCCAGCAAAUCCGUCCCACAAGUCACCUUCUCGCCAUCCCUUGAGCGAGGGUCUGGCCGCCCCUUGUCGGUCAAUAUGCCUCUCACGGGAGACAGCAGGAAGCCUUCAGAUGCCACUCGAGGAGGCAUACUGAGCGGCUGGUUAGGUGGAUCUCCCAACAAUACAGAGGAAGCCAAGACGAACGAUGAUACGACAGAAGGGACGCCUACAAACAGACUACGCAGAAGACAAACCGGUUCAACGGAGGCGACACCGAAAGGAGUUUCGCCGAGUACAUCACGGUUCGCCUUCUUUAGCUCACCCUUCUCCAAGAACACUCCGGCACAAGUCGUCAGCCCACAACAGGAUGAAGAGUUGUUGUCUAUGAACAUCCAGGAGGCGCUGUUUCCUCCUACAUCCCCGACUCACAGAGACGCCUUCUCGCCUGCAGCCUUCAAGAACCUCGAGGCUACAGCCGUUGGCCUAUUGACAAAGUUCCAAUCCGCCUAUCAAAGACAAAAUGCCGCCCUGAUAGAAAUGCGAGUCGAAAAGGACGCCCAGAACGACGAAAACGAUGAGGCGGACACACGGAUCCAGCACCUCAAGGCUCAACUAGAAAACAUGGCAACCAAGGUCGCCGAGCAGGAACAGUCGAUGCAGCAGCUCAUGACAGAACUGAACGCGGAGAAGAAGGCCAGGCAAGAGGAGAGGGCGAUGCGUGAACGGAAUCGUCCAAUUUCCGAGGGGUCGUCAAUAUCCGAAGAUCUCGGCGCCGAAGAGGACCAGGCCAGAAGGAAGUGGAGAAAGAGCGCGGGAUUCGACACGGACGAAGAGAGCAUUGAAGACGCCAGCGUUUUCUCGAGGUCACGGAGUCCUACCACCGCCGCACCCAGCGUUUUCGAGGGCAGCAUAUCGGAAGCAUCAGCAACCCCAUCAAAGCCCAAUUCACUCGGCCCCCCGAGAACCUCACGACCGACACCCACGUCGAAACCGUCACCACAGCAGGCGAGCGUUUUCCAGAAACUCAUGAGAGGAGUUACAGGUGACGCUGCGAAAGAGGAGGGAGGCGCGGCAUCGUGCUCGAAUUGCCGAGGGCAGGACCAGCGGGCCGCAUGGGAUACGGUCAGUCUGUUGAGAGAUGAGAACCGUGGACUAAAGCAUCGUGUUGAAGAGUUGGAGACGUGUGUUGAUAGUGCGUUGGAUGUGGUCAACGGGCUUAGACUUGACUGA